AUGUUCAAGCAAGAAAAAAAAUUAUUCGAUGUGUAUGGAGAAAAGAUAUAUUUACAGAAUGCCAGUGACCAAACUGUUUUGAAAAAUUUUGAUUUUGAAGAUGCCCCAUGUUCUGGAAAGCCAGUUGAAGCUGAUGAAGACACAAUAAAGGCAAUAAUUGAUGCAAAACGGCUAAUAAAAACACCUGAGAUAGCUGAGAGAUCAAACUUAUCGAAUUCGAUCGUUCAUGAUCAUUUGAAAAGCCUAGGUUUAAUCUCAAAGCUCGACAUAUGCGUUCCUCAUGUAAGCGUAUCAUCACAGUGGACGAGAAAUGGGUUGUCUGCAACAAUGCUAAACGCAAGACAUCAUGGAGCAAAAAAGACGAACCGGCUCAAAGCACUUCGGAAGCCGAUAUUCAUCAAAAAAGAUGAUACUACCCGUUUGGUAGGAUUUCAGAGGAACCUUUUUUAG